AUGUCAAAAUCAUCGUAUGGCGCCCAGAGAGGCUCCGGACCAUAUUUCAUUCACAUCGAGAAUCUGCCAAAGCGAUAUACAUGGCAGGACUUAAAGGAUCUAAUUCGUCGCCACGCUGCGCAUGGCAUCUGGACGGAGAUGGCGGUCUAUCCGAACGGACAGACUGGUGGCAAGGGCUACGCCCGCGUGCAAAGACAAGAUGAAGCCAUUCGAUUGUACAUCCACCUGUGGGACAUCAGCGAUGACCCAGCUCAAUUCGUUCGAUGCAAUUGCGCAAGCAACUCUCAAUCACAUCCUUCCGGCGCACGAAUCUUCCAAAUGGCAGCUCAGCCAGGCUGGCAAAGAUUCACUCCCACUUCCCCUCUGGGCGCACCCAACCCAUCAUAUCCGGUAUCUCCGGGACCCGGCUACUUUUCACCGACCAUGGCUCCACCAGUAUCAGCACCCGUGCCACCCCCAGCGAUGCCGCAACCUACAUUCGAGCAACUCGCGGCAUGGAUGGCCACAAUGUCACUCGACUACAGAAAUCAAGCGCACGUCGCGCAAGCCAGACAAGUCUACCAGACCCGCCAAGCACAGAUACAGGCAUCCCAAUAUCCGACCUACACAACAGGCACAACCGGCCUACCCACAAACACAACUCGCGGCCUAGUCCGAACCCAAGCCCGAGGCAUCUUCGUCAGCGGCAUCGACUUCAAAGCCAGACAAAAAGACAUCGAAAGACAUUUCCGCCAAGCAGGCGAAAUUGUCAAACUCGAAUUACAAAAAGAUGCGUCGACGGGAAAGUCAAAAGGCAAUGCCACAAUUCUCUACACAAAUGCCGAAGCCGCUCAAGAAGCGAUCGAGAUCUUUGAUCGUCAAAAGUUCAUGUCUAUGCAACUCCGCGUCAGACCUGACAAGGAAACGACAGUCGUCGCCCCACCUCCGCAGGCGAGUGCGGGUGCGCAGCGGAGAACGAAUAUGGAGCCGACGAUUGUGAAUGGGAGUCAGAAACCGGAUCUCAAAGCUAGAAGAGCAUGUCGUGUAACCUGCGGUCGUCGUGUGCGCACUCAGGCCAUAGCUUGA